AUGAGUGACACUGAUGCAUUAAAUACAAUUAUUGAAUUAGAAAACUACUAUACUGGUGUGAAAAAUGAUCUAAUUGGUGAACCAUCAGAAAUGGUUGAUAAAGCAUGGCAUGCACAUAUAUUAAAUACACCAAUGUAUUUUAAUUUUUGUGAAUCAAACUUUGGUUAUUAUUUACAUCAUAUACCGUAUUGGACAGGUGGUAGUGAAGAUCAACAAACACAAGCAAUAGUAUCAUCUUUAGAAUUUCAAAUACCAAUGUAUACGAAACUAAAGAAUUUAGGACUUCAACAUUUAAAUGAAACUGUUUGGACAUAUAAAUCCAUCGAAUUGAACUAUAAUAUUAAGAAAAAGGAUGACCUAUGA